AUGUCAUCUGAGGGUAUUGUCUAUGAUCCUCAGUUCAAGCCUGUCCAGGGAAUCUAUGAGAAUAGAUUAAGGCAAUUUAUUGAUACUGGUGGAGACUACCACGACCUGAAUUUACCCAAGUUUUAUGACAAAGAACGUAUUUCAUUAGAUCAUGAUCAUGUUAAAGUUUGGUGGUAUCAGGUUCCCUUUGAACGUGGUUCCUCUCCCGUUUCUCCUGAUAAGAGGCCAUCUUGGAAAUCUAUCAUCGAACGUGAUAAGAAGGGGGAAUUAGAGUUUAGAGAAGCUAAUAUAAACCAGCCUUUUGGUCCCAGUUGGUCUACUACCUGGUUCAAAGUGAAAAUCUCCUUGCCCGAAGACUGGUUCAAAUCUGAUGAACAAUUACUCUUUCAAUGGGACUGCUCUAACGAAGGAGUUGUCAUAGACCCGAACACUCUGAUUCCUGUAACUGCCUUCUCUGGUGGUGAAAGGACUGAAUAUGUUUUACCAAAAUCACCAGAUGGGAAGUAUUUCUUUUACAUUGAAGCUGGCAAUAAUGGUAUGUUUGGUUGCGGCGCAGGAUCCACUAUAAAUCCACCAGAUGAUAACAGAUUCUUUCAUUUAAGGAAGGCAGAUAUUGUUUGGCCUGAUCUGGAUGCUCGUGGGCUGUACAUUGAUUUUUGGAUGCUAGGAGAUGCUGCAAGAGAACUGCCAGGCGAUUCUUGGCAAAAACAUAAGGCAAGACAACUUGGUAACGCCGUUAUGGACCUUUUUGACCCAAAUGAUCGUUCAAGUGUUCGUAGAUGUCGUGAUUUACUUAAAAGUGAGUAUUUUGAUACUUUUGUAGAGAGUAGUAAAGUUUAUGAACAAGGAGAAUCUCAAGUCUUAACGAACGUUUAUGGUAUCGGUAACUGCCAUAUAGACACUGCUUGGCUAUGGCCAUUCGCAGAAACAAGAAGGAAAAUUGUGAGAUCUUGGUCUUCUCAAUGCACUCUAAUGGAUCGUUUCCCAGAAUAUAAAUUCGUUGCUUCACAGGCUCAGCAGUUUAAGUGGUUAUUAGAAGAUCACCCUGAGUUCUUCAACAAAGUAUUGAUUCCUAAGGUUCAGCAAUCUCAAUUUUUUGCUGUUGGAGGGACAUGGGUCGAAAACGAUACCAACAUUCCCUCAGGGGAGUCGUUAGCCAGACAAUUUUUUUUUGGUCAAAGGUUCUUCCUCAAACAUUUUGGCCUCAAGUCAAAGAUAUUUUGGUUGCCUGAUACGUUUGGUUAUUCUUCACAGAUGCCACAACUUUGCCGCCUAUCUGGAAUUGAUAGAUUUCUGACUCAAAAACUUUCUUGGAAUAAUAUCAAUAGUUUCCCGCACAGUACAUUCAACUGGGCGGGUAUUGAUGGCUCUCAAUUGUUGACUCACAUGCCUCCUGGCAAUACGUAUACAGCCGACUCUCACUUUGGAGAUGUUUUGCGUACUGCUAAGCAGAACAAGACGCCAGAAUAUUACGGUUCCGGUUUGAUGUUAUAUGGUAAGGGUGAUGGUGGCGGAGGGCCAACUGAGGAGAUGUUGCAAAAGAUGAGACGCAUUAGAUCUAUGAAUAACAGAAAUGGCAAUGUUAUUCCUAAACUACAUGUUGGCAUUACAGUAGAUGAAUUUUAUGAUGACAUUUUGAAAAGGACAAAUGAAGGCCGUGACUUACCCACAUGGUGUGGAGAACUGUAUUUCGAGUUUCAUAGAGGAACAUACACCAGUCAAGCCCAGACCAAAAAAUUUAUGAGAUUAUCUGAAGUUAAACUACAUGAUUUGGAAUGGAUAGCUACUAAAACAUCUGUUUUAUAUCCCGAUUCAUAUGAAUAUCCAUCCGAGAAGAUUAACAAACUCUGGGAAAAUGUUCUAUUAUGUCAAUUUCAUGAUGUCCUACCAGGUUCCUGUAUCGAAAUGGUAUAUAAGUACGAAGCUAUACCUAUAUUGCAUAACGUCGUCAAGGAAUGCACCUCAUUAAUAGACAGAACCAUUCUGUUUCUUCAGGGUCAAAGUAAAACUGAUUUAGUUGAGCUAGGGACAUUAACAUGGUCAAAACCGGAAAAGACGUUUGAAGAGUGCUCUUUGAAUGGCAGCUAUACUUCUUCAGUAACUGGAUACGAUGACUAUAUAGUCCUUGCUAAUGGAAAGUUGAAAGUUAUCAUUUGCAAAAAGACUGGUGUGAUCACGAGUAUUACAGAUGAGACUUUGGGAGUGGAAUACCUGGAUACGAAGCAUGGUAGAAACAAAUCUGGUGCAAAUCAAUUUGUCAUUUUUGAUGACAAGCCUUUGGGCUGGCAGGCUUGGGACACCGAACUAUACUCCGUCAACCAAUUCAAAUAUAUCAAUAAGCCAAAAAAGGUUCAAGUUUCUUGUAACACGAAAGAAAAAUGCGCUGUUGAAGUUAUCUUCCAAAUCUCUGAGAAAUGUAAAGUUAAAUCAAUAAUAUCGCUUACUGCAACCACAGCAAAUGAUGCUAAGUUGAGUAAAGUCGACAUUUCUACCACGGUAGAGAACUGGGAUGCCAGGAACAAAUUCUUAAAAGUUGAAUUUCCUGUUAAUGUUCGUAAUGAUUUUGCUUCAUAUGAAACCCAAUUCGGGAUUACCAAAAGACCAACUCAUUAUAAUACCUCAUGGGAUGUCGCGAAAUUUGAGGUUUGCCAUCAUAAAUUUGCUGAUUAUUCUGAAUACAGCAAAGGUGUUUCUAUUUUAAAUGAUUGCAAAUAUGGAUUUUCUACGCACGGUAACUUGAUGAGGUUGUCAUUAUUAAGAUCUCCAAAGGCUCCAGAUGCACAUGCUGAUAUGGGUACACACGAGAUAAAAUAUGCUAUCUACCCACAUAGGGGUGCAUUAUCUAGUGACACUGUUAAGCUGGCCCAUGAAUUCAAUUACAAUUUCAAGUACAGGGUACCUAGGGAUAUUGGCCAAAAUUUUGAUGACAUCAUAAGUAUUUCCGGAGAUGAAAACGUCAUCCUGUCUAACGUGAAGAGAGGUGAGGAUGAUAGUGCUAUCAAGUCCAACUAUUCACUGAAGCCAACGGAUGAACAAAGUAUUGUAGUAAGAGUUUACGAAUCUCUUGGAGGAGAAUCCUUUGCUUCUUUGAAUACCAAAUUGAAUUUGAAGCGUAUUGAGAAAAUCGAUAAUUUGGAAAUGGAAGUUUUUAAGAGUUUGACAGCAACACGAGACGAAUCAAACCAUGCAAUAAACAGAAUUCCUAUCAAGUUGAGGCCUUUUGAGAUUGCUUCAUUCAAGUUAUAUUUCUGA